GGAUGAGAAACGAGGAGAAGAAGAGUGUGUCAAUUGAGGCAAUCCGAAAGAAGUUUUCAGAAUGGGGGUGUUGGCCUUAUCAGUACCAAAUGUACAACUUACACGAGGGAUUUAGAGAUAUUUCCCGUUUGCCUUACCCUUUGUCCAUGAGUUCCAGCCGUGAAGUUUUAAUGGAUGAUGAUGAUGGUUUUUAUGAAGAAUGCAAGCGUUACCAAGGCUUCGACUUCUCCAUUGAGCCUACGAUGGUUGGUGAGGCGAAGCAUUGCAGCUACUCUGAGUUGGACAAGAUGACUAAUUUCAAGAAUCCUGCAGAAAUUCAAAAAACUUUUACAGGAAGACUGUUCCGUGGCAUUAUUGUUGAAGGAUCUGUAACAAGACCGGCUAUUGUAAAGACAUGGGAUUAUCUCCUUCCUAUGAAACCUGGGAAUGCUCCACGUCUAGAUAAAUUUUGUGAUGAGAUUGAGUUAUUAACAGAUGAAAGAGCAAAUACACAUCCAAAUUUGGUGAAGUUGUAUAGGUAUUGUUUUGAUACGAGGCUUGCAGUUGUCUACGAUGCAAAAUUCACCAGUGUACUGUUGUCGGAUGUGCUUCUAUCGGAUGACUUUGGGUGGAAUGAUCGGAUGAAAGUGGCAACCCAACUUGCAGAUCUCUUCUCAUGGUUGCAUGAUAAGGGGACUGCAGUUGGUUGUGUUACUGCUUCAUGCAUUAUGAUAGAUGAGGAAGUAAACAUAAAAGUAUUUGACUUUGGGUACGUAUCAAAUCAUGUGAACGAAGAUACUAAUAUUCCUGUAAAAGUUCGUGUUGGCUCGGAUGCUCCAGAGAUUUGGAAAGGCAUGUUUGCUCUGACCUCUGAUAAUUUCAUGCUCUAGAUUUAAGUUUUUUCGUAUAGUUUUCUCUGUAUUACAUGAUGCAACACUGUUUGUUUGAGGUCUAGGUUUCAUCAAUUAAAACUCACAACUUUUUUCCAUUUCUUUGCGUUCUUCUCUUUGUUAUUCUCUAAUUGGAAUAUAUGCCAGAUAGAGACCAUGGUUAGUUAUGAAACUAUGAUAGAAGACCUAUAUGAUUGAGAUAAACCCAAAUAGUCAA